AUGUCGCAAAUAUCGAAUGACCGUCUUGGAGAGGAUCCAGAGAAGCAAACCCACGCGGAUUCCGACCAAACUGACCCCGAAGCGUCUACUCCAGACCGACCAGAUACCAGCCAUGACGAGAUAACCGGCGCUGUUCCGCCCAGCAAGACAGUCGCACCCGCUCGCCAAUUCUCCACAACCGACGCUCCUCCAACAGACAAGAUCGAGCUGAAGGAGGAAGAUGCAUGGAAAGAGUUGGGAUUUUGUUUCCCAACGAGGAAGAAAUGGACCAUCCUCACCAUCAUUUUUCUGGUGCAGACCUCCAUGAACUUCAACACCUCGCUUUACUCGAAUGGAAUCGACGGGAUAUCGCAGGAGUUUGGGGUCAGCGCCCAGGCAGCUCGUGCUGGAGCUGCAGUUUUCCUCAUCACUUACGCCUUCGGGUGCGAGCUUUGGGCACCAUGGUCGGAAGAAUUCGGACGAAAGCCUAUCCUCCAGCUAUCCCUCGGGCUGGUCAAUAUCUGGUGUCUUCCGGUUGCCCUGGCACCAAACUUUGCCUCCCUCAUGGUCGGUCGUGCACUAGGAGGUUUAUCUUCCGCUGGCGGAAGUGUGACCUUGGGAAUGAUUGCAGACAUCUUCGAACCGAAUGAGCAACAGUGCGCCGUCGCCUACAUUGUGUUUUCCUCUGUCGGCGGCUCUAUCCUGGGGCCUAUCAUUGGCGGGUUUGUCGAAGAAUAUCUGCCCUGGAGAUGGACCAUUUGGAUUCAGCUAAUCUUCGGCGUGUUUGUUCAACUUCUGCAUCUGAUCUUUGUGCCAGAAACUAGAACGACCAUCCUGCUGGACAGGAUUGCUCAGAAACGUCGCAAGUCUGGACAGUCGCCCAACCUCUACGGGCCCAACGAGAUCGAGCCUUUCUGGCAGCGCUUUACCUUCAAGGAGCUAAUCUGGACAUGGGUGCGCCCAUUCCGGAUGUUUCUUACUGAGCCUAUCGUUCUCACGCUGUCCUUGCUCUCUGGAUUCUCGGACGCCCUGAUCUUCAUGCAGAUCCAAUCAUUUGUGCUGGUCUACAGACAAUGGGGGUUUUCGGCUGUGGACAUCGGGCUGGCGUUUGUUCCUAUUGGCAUUGGUUACAUCAUUGCCUGGAUCUCGUUUAUCCCAGCCAUCCGACGAAACAGAAAGGAAAGAGCACUCAGGCCUGGCGAUGAACACGCCCAGUAUGAAUCGAGGUUGUGGUGGCUGCUCUAUACGGCACCAUGCCUGCCACUUGGUCUAAUCAUAUUUGCCUGGACAUCUGGAGGCCCGCCGGUGCACUGGAUCGGAACCAUGGUCGGAUCUGCCAUCAUUGGCAUUGCCAACUACUCCAUAUACAUGGCCACGAUUGAUUACAUGAUCUGCGCGUACGGGCCGUAUUCAGCUUCGGCGACGGGCGGGAAUGGUUGGUCCCGGGACUUCUUGGCAGGCGUUCUUACAGUACCGGCGACGCCCUUCUACACAAAUAUCGGAGGUUCGAAACACCUAGAGAUUGCGAGCACCAUCCUGUUCUGCAUCUCGCUUUUCCUUGUCUGCGCCGUCUACGCCAUCUACUACUACGGACCAGAGCUCCGGAAACGAUCGCCAUUUGCAGAGAACUUGGCUUCCAAGGUGACAAGCGAGGACCAUGGGACGCCUCAUCGUCGUAUUUCGGGACUUCCAAGUAGCGAGAUAGGAUAUUCAGGGUUUCGGCAUCGACAUGAGCACGGGGCUCAACAUAUCGGCGCAACGAUAUGUGCAUGA